AGAAUGUUUCCUGGAGAAAGGUAUGGUUUUUAGUAAUAAGAUAAAUUUACUUUAGUCCUGCAAAUAAGGUGAAAUCUUAUGUCCAGUAUCUCACAAAGGAGAACUGACAGUGCCACUUUUAUAUUUAAUGUCAAUCUCAUUAGACAAAAAUGAAAUAUAGUUCCUAGGGUUUCCAAUUUAAAAAGUGAAAUAAUAAAUAUAUUCACUCAAACAUUUUCUCAGUGCCAUAUGCAAGUUACCAUGUCCCGGAAGCUGAUACAGUUUGAAGAAGGAAAUAUAUAAGUACUGUAAGCCUGUGAUAACUAAAAGCAACAUACUAAAAAGUGAAGGUACAGAUAAUUGGAACAAAUUUAAUAGCGUUUAAAAGUGUAUUUGGUAAUUUCUCCAGGAGGUGGCACUGUUGAGUUGUUUUUUCUUUUCAGACAGUAAGACAAUAGACCAUUCAUCUUUGUGUCACCCAAACAAAGAAAUAUUCCUUUAUAACCCCCUUUCCUCCCCCCCACCUAAUCACAUGCUACUGGAACUGACUGUCUUGUGAUCUACUCCCAUAGUUGGCAUAGAUUUUAAAAUAAUCUUUUUAAAAUUAAUCUGAUAGUAGUUAUGGAAAGGAACAAAUUGUUCACCAAUUUUCAUCAGCUUUAUCUUUUCAGUCCAGUAACUGAGAACUUAAAAAGACUAUUCUAGUGAUUUUACUAUCCUGCUCAGAUGGCAUUCAAAAACAUUUUUCACUUCUCACGUCUUGGAAAAAUUUGUAAAUUCGUUAAGUCUUUUUGUUUGAAAGUUAACGUGACUGGAAAUAUUUUAAUGUAAAUAUCGGGUUGGGUGCAUUGUAUCAUUUUGCUCUACAAUGACUAUAUCCUCAUUUGGGUUUAUGGCCAGUUUAUAAUUAAAAGUAAUCUUUACUUGCUUUGAGUGUAACGACUUGCAUAUUUUGUAUCUUUCUAUUUGCUACCUUUUCUACUGAACAAUUUCUAGCUUUCUGAAGGGAUGGAGUCAGUAAGCUUAAGGAUUCAGAACUGGUUUUACCUGUGCUACGUGUUGUGGAAGUUGUGUGUGCAGCUUCUGCGGUAAAGGGAACAGCGUAGGGGUUUUAUUUUAUUCAUUAGAGGUGGAUCGGGGUGCUAAUUUAGAGGACAUCACAUACUGGAACCAAACUUGUCCGAAGCUCUCACUGCAGAGUUAAGGCACUUUGGUAAAAUAAAUGUGCAUCUAGGAAAUGAUCAUGUGUACAGUAGGCAUUGGAUCAUUCUCUUGCCCCCCUUUUACCUGCCCCUAAUGCCUAAGCUACAUUCGAAGUCCUGGAAAACCUGUAAGUAAUUCCGCCUUUGGCCUACCUCCCCUCAGAAGAGGAAGGUGAGAGAGGCCAAACGUAUGGAGACUAUUCUUCAGGCUUGCAGGAGUCACGGAUGUCCUGAUGUCUGUCUCCGUAGGAUGUGGCCCACAUCAGUUCGCAUUCACCUUCCUGCAGCAAGGCAGCUGCUUAGCAGACAAUGGGCGCUCCAGUGAGCGGGGUUUAUAAAAACCCGAAGCCCCGGUUCAUGAUGGAGCCCCCUUUUCCAGCUGAGCGAGCUCAGGGAUUUCCUGGGUAGGUUUUCCAGGCUCUGCCUCACCGAAGGAAUUUUAGGAGUGUCUCUGGGGAACAGGAGGGACGUAACCCAGCCCCAACUUGAGGGCGCUAGCGGUGCGGCAAGGGGUCGCGACGCCAGGAGCCCCGGGCUCGGCGGGAAGGUAUGAGAAGCUCCUACGUGAACUCCACAAGCCGGGCCCGGGAGACGCCGGGCGAGGCGGGGUUGACCUCAGCAGUCUCUGCCCCGUUCCAGCCAAUCAGUCCCGCAUCUUAGCAUCCGAAUCCAGGACCCCCGAAGCCGGAGGCGACGCGAGCCAAUGAGAGUGGGCCGGGGAAGAGGGACAGGCGGCCAGCCUAUGGGGCGGAGAGGCCCGGCCGCGCGUAUCCAAGGAGCGCCGCGCUCGGCUCGGCGGGGGUGGGCGGGCGCGCCGGGCGGCAGGUGUCGGCGUCGGCGGCAUUCGGCGGCGAUGGAGCGGCCCUGGGGAGCUGCGGACGGCCUCUCGCGCUGGCCCCAUGGCCUCGGCUUCCUCCUCCUCCUGCAGCUGCUGCCGCCGGCGACCCUCAGCCAAGACCGGCUGGACGCGCCGCCGCCGCCGCCCGCUGCGCCACUGCCGCGCUGGUCUGGCCCCAUCGGGGUGAGCUGGGGGCUGCGGGCGGCCGCAGCCGGGGGCGCGUUUCCUCGCGGCGGCCGUUGGCGUCGCAGCGCGCCGGGCGAGGACGAGGAGUGCGGCCGGGUCCGGGACUUCGUCGCCAAGCUGGCCAACAACACGCACCAGCAUGUGUUUGAUGAUCUCAGAGGCUCAGUAUCCUUGUGCUGGGUUGGAGAUAGCACUGGGGUCAUUCUAGUCUUGACUACCUUCCAUGUACCACUGGUAAUUAUGACUUUUGGACAGUCCAAGCUAUAUCAAAGUGAGGAUUAUGGGAAGAACUUUAAGGAUAUUACAAAUCUCAUCAAUAACACCUUUAUUCGGACUGAAUUUGGCAUGGCUAUUGGUCCUGAGAACUCUGGAAAGGUGGUAUUAACAGCAGAGGUGUCUGGAGGAAGUCGUGGAGGAAGAAUCUUCAGAUCAUCAGAUUUUGCGAAGAAUUUUGUGCAAACAGAUCUCCCUUUGCAUCCUCUCACUCAGAUGAUGUAUAGCCCUCAGAAUUCUGAUUAUCUUUUAGCUCUCAGCACUGAAAAUGGCCUGUGGGUGUCGAAGAAUUUUGGGGGAAAAUGGGAAGAAAUCCACAAAGCAGUAUGUUUGGCCAAAUGGGGAUCAGACAACACCAUCUUCUUUACAACCUAUGCAAAUGGCUCCUGCAAAGCUGACCUUGGGGCUCUGGAAUUAUGGAGAACUUCAGACUUGGGAAAAAGCUUCAAAACUAUUGGUGUGAAAAUCUACUCAUUUGGUCUUGGGGGAACGUUUCCUUUUUGCCUCUGUGAUGGCUGAUAAGUUACGGUGCUGUGACUCCGAUAGGAUCAGAUUCAUCAUUGGACCCCCAGACCUCUCACCCAGGACCCCAAGUGUGCACCUUUGAAGCCAUUGUCUUCACUCCUGACUGAUAGAUCGGGGACACGCUAACACAUGGGUUUAUCAUUUUUGCUUCCCAUGGGGCAUCUUUAAUUGCUCUUGAGCAAUGAAACUGUAUUGAUAUUACUCUCUGUCAGCCAUUGUAAGUUCAAGGUCCCAGAGGAAGGCUUGGGUCACCCAGAAAUCCCGUUAAUCUGAAAUCAGAUUUAUAAGCCAUAUACCCUGCAUCUUGAAACCCUCCUGCUCUUUUCAGGACCCUGUUUAUAAUUUUUAAUAUGCUAACAUAAUGAAGGGCUCUUUGCUUGGAAGAGUAAUACUUUUAGCAGGUUGCUUUAUUUACCAAGGCCAGCUUAAUUCUUAGCUUAUAAGAAUCAGUUCUUACGUGUUUAUUACAGAUAUUUCUUAAGAAGCAGAGUUGAGCCUUCAUCAUAAAUAACUGUUAAAGUAAGGAUCAGAAUUAGCAUGUGCACCUUGACAUCACCAUACCAGGAUACUGCUCAAUGUUGUGAUGGUUGUAUUGACUAAUAGAACCUGUCUUUCUCUGACAUUUUUGUAGAGACUUAAGAAACAAUGAAAUUUCAUGGGCCAUAGAAGAUGCUAGUGAAGCCUUUGCUGGACUCACAAGUCUCACUAAA